GCAAGAUAACUUUUCGGGACAAAAUGCUUCCGGGUAAUCCAGGAAUUAUAUUUGCUUUGAUUUUAUUUCUUGACGAGAAGAGAAGACAUUUUAGGGUUUAAUCUGCUGUGCUUUGUUACCACAUGAAGAUGCAGAUGGUUCUUGAAAUACCAUUCAGCUGCUUUUACCGAGGUAAUUUUACUUCCUUUUAAUAAUUGCGUUUGGUUUAAUAAGAGAAGUGAAGAUAUUUCAGGGUUUUCUUCUUCUGUGCCCCAGAGCAAUGGAUACGAUACCCCUUCUUUAAACAAGUAAUUUCUCCUCAUUCUUCAAAACAAUACAAAACCUCAUCUCAUCACACACACAAGCAGGAGAAACCCCCUCCUCACAUCGCCCACAAAUUUCAUGUUAAGCACUUCAAUCAGUCCAUUACUGCCCUCUGUAAAUCGGGAAACACAAACAAGGCCUGGGACCUCUUCCACUCCGCCCUAACUGAACGCCGUCCUCUCAAUGUCGUAUCCUUCACCGCUCUUUUAGAUGGCCUUGUAAACUCUGGUGAUCGCUGAAAUGGAAGAGCUUGAAAUACAUCCAAAUGUUAUAACUUAUAAUACCCUCAUAAAGGCUUUAUGUAAAGGGGAUCAAAUCGAGGAAGCACGCGAGUUCUUGCGCAAAAUGAGGCAUGCUCAUUGUUUUCCCGAUAUUGUUACAUAUAACACUAUGAUUAAUGGAACCUGCAAGAUUGGUAGGAUAAAUGAAACUCUUGUUUUAUUAGCUGAAAUGACACAGGAUGGCUUUUCUCCUAAUAAUGUUACAUACAGUACCCUAAUAAAUGGUCUCUGUAAGGUAGGUAGGGAAGAUGAAGCUAUCAGAUUACUAGAAGGAAUGAGACAUGGUUACUGCUCUCCUGAUAUUGUUACAUAUAGCAAUCUUAUAGAUGGUCUUUGCAAAGUAGAAAUAGUACAUGAAGCUCUAGGAUUAGUAGGAAAAAUGUUACAAGACGGCCAUUUUCUUAACAUCUAUACUUAUACUAGCCUGAUUAAUGGUUUUUACAAGGCUGGAAAAAUAGGAAAAGCCUACAAACUGUUUGUACAAAUGUUGGAGUUUGGUCCUUUGCCAGAUGAAGUGACAUUUAGUGCAGUUAUUGAUGGACUGUGCAAAGAUAACAGGAUGGACAAGGCUUGGGAUUGUUUUCAUGACAUGUCCAAAAAGGGUUUACAGCCAAAUGUAAUCACUUACAGUUCUUUGAUGCACGGCUUAUGUGAAUUACGUGAGGCAGAAAAGGCUCAAAAGUUGUUCAAAGAGAUGUUAAGGAAAGGUUGCUCCCAAAAUGUUGUUACCUACAACAUUCUAAUUGAUGGUUUAUUUCAGAGUAACAGAGAAAAGGAAGCAUUUACACUUAUUUCUGAGAUGGAAAACAGGGGACAUCUUGCUAAUGUAAUUACAUACAGUACUUUGAUACGUGCAUUCUUUAGAACAGGAGACAUAAACAUGGUAGGGAAGAUGUUAGAGGAAAUGGCUAUGAGGAAUUUGAAACCUGAUGAAGUGACAUACACCACAAUCAUUGGUGGUCCGUGCAAGGCAGGAGAUCUUUCUAGAGCUCAUUCACUCAUGAAUAAGAUGCCUGAUGAAGGCUUGACACCUAAUGCAAUCACUUAUAACUGCCUGAUUGAUACCCAUUGCAAAAUUUGUGAAAUAGAUAAGGCCUUGAAGCAUUUUUCAAACAUGGAAGUGGUUGGUAUUUCUCCAACUGUUGCAACCUAUAAUAUAUUGAUUGAUUUUUUCUGCAAGGAAAACAAACUUGACAUGGCUUUCUUAGUGCUGAAUAAGGAUUUGGUUCCAGAUGUUUUCACAUACAAUAUAUUAUUCUGUGCCUCAAAGCGAAGACGUGAUCUUGUAAAAACAUUUUGGUUGAUGGAUGAAAUGAAGAAAGAAGGCUGUGCUCCAAGUGAUGCAAUUGUCAGGACACUUCGCUGGCUGGUUGAUGUUGGUGAAAUGAAAAAAUUAAGUGACUUUGUAAAUGAUGAUUCUUUUAUUAUUUCUGAAUGAGCAUAACUCUCAUGCCUUGGUAAGUGCUAGCAAAUAAAAAUCGAUCUUGAAUUUAUAUUUUCCCA